CCGCUCGUGGGCCGUACCUUUCCCUUGCCGGCAAGGCUCGGAACCUGACCCCGCUUCACAUCCGGAUCCGGGCUCCUCCCUCAAGACCGCCCAUCCGGCCUCCUCUUUCCCAAUACUUGGAAUCUGACCCCUUCUCCAUAAUUCCGCUGAUCCGGCCUAAUAAGGGUUGUUAGAACCGUUAUUCAGACCCUAAAACAAUGGGCUGAUCCCUGCCCUCUUAUCGAAGAUCCAGGCCACCUCCCCCACGGCUGCCAGCCUGGGAAAAGAUGGGUCCCCGGCCUCCAAGGGGCCUGGUCCCUGCCCUGCUCUGGAACCUGAGCCUCUUCCUCAGCCUCCCAGGUCCCGUCUGGCUCCAGCCUUCUCCACCUCCCCAGCCUUCUGCCCCACUUGAGCCCCAUCCGUGUCAUACCUGCCGGGGACUGGUGGACAGCUUCAACAAGGGUCUGGAGAGAACCAUCCGAGACAAUUUUGGAGGUGGAAACACUGCCUGGGAGGAAGAGAAGCUGUCCAAAUAUAAAGAUAGUGAGACCCGCCUGGUCGAGGUGCUUGAAGGCGUGUGCAGCAAGUCAGACUUCGAGUGUCACCGCCUGCUGGAGCUGAGCGAGGAGCUGGUGGAGAGCUGGUGGUUUCACAAGCAGCAAGAAGCCCCAGACCUCUUCCAGUGGCUCUGCUCAGAUUCCCUGAAGCUCUGCUGCCCCUCUGGCACCUUCGGGCCCUCCUGCCUCCCCUGUCCUGGGGGCACGGAGAGGCCCUGCGGCGGCUACGGGCAGUGUGAAGGGGAAGGGACACGAGGGGGCAGUGGGCGCUGUGACUGCCAAGCCGGCUACGGGGGAGAGGCCUGUCGCCAGUGCGGCCUGGGCUACUUUGAGGCAGAGCGCAUCGCCAGCCACCUGGUAUGUUCGGCUUGUUUUGGUGCCUGCGCCCGCUGCUCAGGACCUGAGGAAUCCAACUGUCUGCAGUGCAAGAAGGGCUGGGCCCUGCACCACCUCAAGUGUGUAGACAUCGACGAGUGUGGCACGGAGCGAGCCAGCUGUGGGGCCAACCAGUUCUGUGUGAACACAGAGGGUUCCUACGAGUGCCGAGACUGUGCCAAGGCCUGCCUGGGCUGCAUGGGGGCAGGGCCAGGCCGCUGCAAGAAGUGUAGCCCUGGCUAUCAGCAGGUGGGCUCCAAGUGUCUCGAUGUGGACGAGUGUGAGACAGAGGUGUGUCCGGGAGAGAACGAACAGUGUGAGAACACGGAGGGAGGUUAUCGCUGCAUCUGUGCCGAGGGCUACAAACAGAUAGAGGGCACCUGUGUGAAGGAGCAGCUCCCAGAGUCGGCGGGCUUCUUUUCGGAGAUGACAGAGGAUGAGCUGGUGGUGCUGCAGCAGAUGUUCUUCGGUGUCAUCAUCUGUGCACUGGCCACGCUGGCUGCUAAGGGCGACCUGGUGUUCACCGCCAUCUUCAUCGGGGCCGUGGCGGCCAUGACUGGCUACUGGUUGUCAGAGCGCAGUGACCGGGUGCUGGAGGGCUUCAUCAAGGGUAGAUAAUCCCUGCCUCCACCUGCAGGACCGCCCCCCACCAGGCUGCCCUGAGGUCGGGCCUCUCUCCUGCAGGACAAUCAGGGCAGCUCAAGUUGAUUUUUGGAAGUGGGGGUAAGCACCCCUUACCCACCUCACGGAGUAGCCCUGGCACCCAGGCCUGGGCAGGUGAGGCUCCAGGGGUGAAGAAGUAGCCCUGAUGGUGGAUGCCAUGAAAUCUUUUCCUGGGGAGGGGGGGACUGGGCAGGCUGCCCACUGUGUGCGAACUUCAAAAAAGGAGUGUCUCCUUUAGUGGAGGCUGUGUGAGCUUUGGUCUCUGCCCUGGAUGAGGGGGGUCCCCGCAGGGGUGGGGCACUCACAGCCCCCUCCUGCCAGCUGCAUGCUGCCAGCUUCUGUGCUGUAUUCACCCCACCCCCAACGGCCAUCAGAUUUAUUUAUUCAUCUCAGGAAAUAAAGGUCUUGGAAAAUGGA